AUGUCUUCGAUAGAUCUUGCAUUCUUCGGUGCAACGGGCGGCUGUGCCAAUGCCUGUUUAACUUACGCUCUGAAGAACAGAUACAAAGCCAGCGCCCUUGCUCGAAACCCGUCAAAACUGCAAACCCUUCUCCUCUCUCAAGGGCUCGACCAAGCAACCAUUGAUUCCAACUUAACAAUCAUCCAAGGAGACGCAGGAGACGUCAAAACCAUCAAACGCACUCUCUCCCCAGAGAGUAACAACGGCAGGGUUGUCUCAACGAUAAUAAGCGGGCUGGGUGCAACUCCCAAACUCCAAGCCUCACUCACAAAACCCCUCACAAUUGACCAGCCAAACAUCUGCGAAUCAGCAACAAAGUCCAUACUAUCCUCCCUAGCAGCCCUCCAGCCAUCCACUGCUACUGAGCAGCAGCCAAAGCCCAUUCUAGUGAUCGUCUCUUCCACGGGCAUUUCAUCCGGGCCAAAUGAUGUGGCCUUCAUGCUCCGCCCACUCUACCACCUCCUCGCUGUUCCACACGAGGACAAGAAGAAGAUGGAACAGCUCGUCUUUGGAGGGCCCGAUUCCCCCUCCGGACGACUUCUGAGAGGUGCUGUUUCCGUGCGCCCGACCUUGUUAGGUGGUGAUCAUUCCAUCAGCAGUGGGAAGGGGUGGAAGACUCUGAAGGUCGGGACGGAGAAGGAGCCUGCAGUUGGACUUGGGAUUCAGCGGGCAGAUGUCGGGGAAUGGAUUUUUGAAGAAAUUAUUAAAGGGGGUGGGGAGAAGUGGUUGAAUGAGAAGGUGACGUUGACGAGUUAA